AUGUUUAAGCUGUCAGAAUUGGUACGCUGGCUUGGACUUACCGAAUUUGAAAUAAUGAUAAAUUUAUGCGGUCUUCUCGUCUUUACAAUAACGCUUGCUUUUCGAAUAUCUGGAACAAUUGUGAAAAAUACUGUGGAUUGGUUUACGAUUUUUAGUCCACUUUUUUGCAUUGACAUCUGUAAUGCAUAUUUUUGCAUAAUUGUUGGAAUUAGAAUGUACUUGGACUCAGAUAAUAAGCGCAAAGCUUUGCAUCGUUUUAUGUGGAGCACCUACUUUUUAUUUCUUGUCGCAAUAUUUAAAUAUUUGCUUUGUCUUAAACUUAGUGGUCAAACAAAUUUAGAAUAUAGCGAAGUAUUUUCUCCCAUAUUUGUUUUGCUUCAGCUGGUUGCGGUACGUGCUUGUCAGCUACCGAAUUCAGUGUGACGUACUAAUCGGUGUUAAAAUAAAUAUUUAUAAUGUAUAGUAGUUCUGUUUUAUUUUAAUUUACUUUUAUAUAAACUAUAAAUAAAAAUAAUAAUGAGAGGAAUGUAAAAAAGCAAUUUGUAUAACAUUAACGAAAGUUAUAUUCGGUAUUUAUGAUUGAAGAUAUAAAAAAUAAAAAAUAUUUAAUCAAUAAACACACAUGUACGCAUUAUAUCAAAUCAAA